AUGCUGCGCGCAUGCGACACGCCCGCACCCUUCUGUGCUCCUAGUAGCUCUGCUCGUAAACACGCGAAUUAUUAUCGCUAUAAAUGUAACAAAAUAUUUACAAAUGAUAUAGACGACAUGAUCGCGAUACUAGCCAAUCCCAAGUGGAGCGAGGAUCUCACCAUCCAGAUGAUAAUCGAGUACGAGAAGCGCGGGUACCUCUGGAAUCCUGUGUCGGAAAACUACAAGAACAAGAAAGUACGCGAGCAGGGAUACGUCGAGAUAAUAAAAACGCUGAAUCUAGUGGAUAUAACGGUUAAGGAACUGAAAAAUAAGAUAAAGAAUAUACGAUCGUCGUACAGCGUCGAGUUAAAGAAAAUUCGCGCGGCUAGAAAAGCGGGCGCGCAUGCGUACCGGCCGAGCGUCACGUGGUUCGAGCACGCAGACAGGUUUCUGCGGGCGAUCGUCACUCCGAGCUCCGUGGACAACAGCCUACUCGAAAUACCGAUGAGCGACGACAGCGACGCCGUUCAGGAUCUGAGCGAACGAAAAUCACCCGAAAAGAAAUGUCCUCGAAAACGUCGUAGUUCAACUAGAUCGUCGACUCCGUACGUUUUGAACACGCCAUCCCCUCGCCCGAGUACGCCCUUCGGGCUCAAUCAAACUUCGUCCCCGUUCGGGAUCCUGCUGACCUCGACGUCCGCUCCAUUUCUUAAUCCCCCUGUCGGUAUAGCAACGCCGCUAACUACAUCACUCGCAACGAUUUAUCCCGCGCCGGCGAAACAAAAAAAGAGUAAUUUCGACGACCGUAGCGACCAGUCGGAAACAGCGCAGGAUUUGAGUCAGCAUUCGGAGAACGGGAACGAGAAUGAAUUCGAAAUGUUCGGUAAAUUGAUUGCGAGCCAGCUUCGUAAAUUACCUCUGAGCUUGGCCCUGGAUCAUGAAUCGAAGCUGCAAUCGCUUAUUUCGAAAGCAUCUGAUUUGCUGCUAAAAGAAGUACAAAGAGUAAAGAGAACAGAAACUAGAAGAAGUGAUGCAGAUGAUGUUUUAACACACGUCGAAGAUAAUAAUUCAGGAAGUCAGGUAUUGCAAGCCGGAACGCUUAUUCAAGUUGUGUUAAACGAAGAAAAUGCCAUGUUAAAAAGCUUGCAACCUUUGUUGGAAUGCAGUAUGGACGAUAAGAAUCAUCUUGUUUACUGCAACGAUAUUGAUGCGCUGUUCGAAGCUUUCGGAAUGGAGCAUGAACCAAAUGCUUGGAGAUUAUUCAUAGACUCGUCUAAAACCAGUUUAAAAGCUGUAUUAUUGCACAACGGUAACACGCAUGCAACAGGGUUACACAAAGUAUUGCUAUUUCUUGUGUCUUUGGGACAGUCGCGACAGGGAAAACCAUUACAUAAAAAAGUGUGGCCGUUACGAAAAGCUUUUACACCAGGAACUGAAAAUGUUUUUUAUCCACCUUUAGUGCAAAAGGAAAAUAUUAUUAUACCACCUUUGCAUAUAAAAUUAGAAUUGAUGAAAAACUUCGUAAAAGCACUGAAUCGCGAAGGUCAAGCUUUUCAAUAUUUAAAAAAAAAGUUUACAAAAAUGGCAGAUGCCAAGUUAAAAGAAGGAAUUUUCAUAGGAGCUCAUAUUGAAGAAUUAGUGAAUGACAAGACUUUUAAAAGCACAUUGAAUAGCAAGGAAAAACAGGCCUAG